AUGGAAGAAGUAGAUGGUAUUUUAAAUCAAAGUCAAAUAGAUGAUGAAGAAGAAGAGGAGGAAGAAGAAAUGAUGGCUGAAGAUAUUGCAGAAGUCGCAGAAGAGAUCGGAGAAGAUGUUGAACAAGAUGAUGAAGAUGAGGAGGAGGAUGAUGAUGAUGAGGACGAAGAUGAGGAUGAAGAGGAGGAUGAAGAGGAGGAAGAGGAGGAAGAUGAAGAAGAUGAUGUAGAUAUGCUGGAUUCGGAAACAAAUAAGCCUAAAUCAGAAAAUAAGUCAACCACUAAAAAUGAUAAUAUUGAUCGAAAUACCUCACAUAAGCUACAUGAUACGCCUAGUGAUACAGAGAAAGGCAAUAUUGAAGAGCGUACUGAAAAACUUCCUAAUAAAUCAGAUAAAUCGGGGGAUUUUAUAGAUACUAGUGAUGACAAAGAAGAAGAGGAUAAAGAGAAAUCCCCCAAUAAUAAAGAUACAAAAGAACUUGAUCCCAAUAAUAUCGAAAAACCUAAUCCAAAUACUGACGAAGAUUUUGAAGAAUCUGUACAUAGAUAUUAUACACAAUUAUUCCGAUCUUCGAGAUUAGCAGAUGGUUAUAAUAUUUACCCAACAGCUGCUAUUCCAAUUCAAACACAUGUCAAUGCAUUAGCAAUGUCUAAGGGACUUCAAUAUUUAUUCUUGGGUGGUGAAGAUGGUUAUAUAAGAAAAUUCGACUUUAGAAAUACAAUGGAUGGUAAACACUCCUUAACAGUUUUGCAAAAGCAUUCCCUAACUGAAUCCAUUCAAUAUGCUGGUAUAAACUUAUCGUAUUGGGAAAAUGAAGUUCCUCAAAAAAAAUCAGAAAUUAAAACAUUAAAAAAUAGUAAAGAUUAUGAACCAAAAGUUAGUCCAGUGCAUUCAUUAGCAGUGCAAAGUGAAUGUCUUUUUAUGUUAUCUGGUUUAGAUAACGGGGGUAUUACACUACAAGGUGUGAGGUAUCUAGAGGGUUCGAUAGAGCAUUAUUUUAAAAAUAGCAAUAGUCACACACAGCCUGUCAACUUAUUGAAAUUGAAUAAUUCAGAAAGUAGGUUCAUAAGUACAUCCUGGGAUAAGACAAUUAUUGAAUGGGAUUUAAAUAACGGUUCAAUGGCAAAUAAUUUCAAGGGUGUUCAAGCAGAGAUCUCAUCAUUAGAAUUUAGACCACUUCAUUCCAUGGUAGAAAUUAAAGAUAUUAAUAUAAAAUCUGAAGAUACAAAUGAUGGAAAGGAUGAUGAUAUGGAUUCCUUAUUUGGUGACGAAGAAGAUGAAGAUAUUGAUGGUGAUAUUAAUAUGGAUAAAUCAAAUGAUCAAGCUGAUUUGGAUAAGAUAGACGUCUCUCAAAAUCAUGAGAAAAAGAACGACAGAGAAGAUAUUUCUAAAAAAACGUUAAACGUUGUAACAAAUGAAAAUAUAUUUAUGACCUCAGGUCUUAAUGGUUCAAUAAGCAUAUGGGAUCGUAGAACACCGACUACACCAGCAAUGAAUUUACAAAAAGGGUUGUUAACACCACCAUGGUGUCAAUCUGCAACGUGGGGUAUUGAUGGUGACACAAUAUAUGCAGGUCGUAGAAAUGCAUCUGUUGAGAAGUUUGAUUUAAAGAUGCCUUCGAAACCAAUGAGCCAAAUCAAACUCCCUACUAUUUCAGGGCCUGUAUCAUGUAUAUAUGCACUGCCAAAUGAUAGGCAUUUACUGUGUGCUUCCUAUGAUAACAUUAGAUUAUAUGAUAUGAACGCCAGUACUUCCAAAUCAUCAGCAUCUCCAUUUUUUAUCGUUCCUGGCCACCAUGGUGGUGCCAUUUCUAAUAUAUUUGUAGAUCCUACUUGUAGGUUUAUGAUUAGUACAAGUGGUAACCGCGGAUGGCAAGGGGUUUCUACAGAUGUUGCUCUUCUUUAUGAGAUAGAUUUAGUAUAA